UCUUUCUGAAUCAGAGACUUCGCUCCGUACGUUUUAGCAAUCCGAUGACUCGGUGUAAACUCGUCUUUACUUGCGAGACGUAUCGCUGUCGCACCACCAUCGGAGAUCAUGGCGACCAGGAGCAAUUUCUACAAGAACUGUUCUGUUUCUUACAAAAAGGAUGUUAGCAUCUCCUCUGUUCUUCAGAACCUCCGAGCGUAUAACAUUGCGACCGGGAAAAUCCCUCUCAUCGAGCCGCAACCGUCCUCCGAGGAGAAAAUCCGGAGUCCCAAGCGACGCCGUGUGAGCAAGACACCGGCACCGCCAAGCCCGGAUGGAAUCGUCGAAGAGCACGAUGGGCCGAUGUCGCACGAGGAUUAUGUUGCGAUGAGAAGGGAGGAGGUUCACUCGUCACAAGGUUUCGAGAAACUGUCUCUUGAUGUUUUGGUAAUUCUUUAUCUUUUACAUGGCUUGACUCUCGAAAAUUUCAUUGGGUCUUUUACGUCUUCUGGUUUCUGCUCGCAGCUGGGAAAUUCUUCUAGUUCCGCUCUGAACUUAGUUGGUUAUGACAGUGAUAGAAGCAAUUCUUCUGAUUGUAAAGAGCGCGAUGUUCAGACUGAUCCAGUUGGAUCGGAUGAAAUCGAUAUUGUCCGAAGCAGGGGCGAACAACGGUUUCCUGAUGUGGGAGAGCCCGUAUGUGUGAUCUGCGGAAGAUAUGGAGAGUAUAUAUGCGAUGAGACUGACGACGAUAUCUGCAGUCUGGAAUGUAAGGCUGAGCUCCUGGAAAGUCUUAGAACUGCGAAGCAGCCUCCAAACAACCAAAUCCUGAAUCCUGGUGAACCUAAACAUGUCUUGCCGGUUCCAGAGCUUGAUAUAGACACUUGGGACCACGAACAUAAUCACUGGCCCAAAAAGAAUUCAGUGCUUUGUACUUAUAAAUGCUGGAAAUGUGAUCGGCCUGGUCACCUGGCUGAGGACUGCUUGGUUGCAACAUCUAACCAAGUUAGUACUGAUGGGCGUAAUGUGAAAACCGCUAUACCAAAGGCUCUUCGUGAUAUUUACAAAAGGUGCAAUCAGAUAGGCAAAACCUUAGCGACGAGCAGUUGUUACACAUGCCGCAGCUCCAUAAGUUUGGCCACUUGCCUUGAUUGCGAUGCUGUCUUGUGUGACACAGCUGGCCACCUGAACGAUCAUAUACGUGGCUUCCCUUCUCAUCAGAAAUAUUACUCUCACAAACUCAAGAGGCUGGUGAAGUGCUGCAAAUCGACAUGUAUGGUAACUUCAAUAAAGGAGCUCAUGGUUUGCCAUUAUUGCUUCAACAAAGCCUUUGACAGACACUAUGACAUGUUCAGUGCGACAUGGAAAAUGGCUGGGAUUUCGAUGAUCCAGGGCUCUAUAUGUUGCGAUCAUCACUUUGAAUGGCACAGGAUGAACUGUUUGAACGCAGAUGUCGAAGACAGUGCCUUUAUCAUCAACUCUACGGCUGACAAUGGCCAUGGCCUUCAGUUGAGUGACGUCAUUUUCUGAUGAUUCAACGCUAAGAAAGAGAGGAUCUAUGAAGAAAGUCC